AAUGAUAAACUGCAAAUUAUGUUUUGUUGAGUAGUUCGUGAGUGCGUUAUGUUUGGUAAUAAAUCAAUGACAGUUUUUUCACAGGUCAGGAACGGUGUGAGAUUAGUUUAUACCAAAUCAAAAAGUGAAAUGUCGAAGGAAGUUUUAAAAGACAUUUUUCUAAAGUCAGUGGCAUCAGUACAACCGCAGAAACUUAUAAAAAACGAACUGAAAUUAACAGGGCGCCAUCUCGUCGUAAGGGGCGAAACUUACCAACUGCGGAAGCCAUGUUAUGUAGUAGGUUUCGGCAAAGCAGUAUUGGGGAUGGCAAUUGAGGUGGAACGUGUCUUAGAAGAUCAACUAGAGAGGGGAGUAGUGGUUGUUCCUACAGGAAUAUUUAAAAACGGCGAGAAGCCGGAUUCUAAAAUCCGAUACAUUGAGGGAGCUGAAAACAAUUUGCCUGAUAUAAACGCACAAGAAGGUGCUAGUAUGAUUAAAGAGCUAGCAGAGAACUUGACGGAAGAGGAUUUACUGUUAGUACUUAUUUCAGGUGGAGGAUCAGCCCUGCUACCAUUGCCUAUCCCUCCUAUUACUCUGGAUGAAAAGUUUACUGUUAUAAAGAAGCUGGGUAGCAAAGGUGCCAACAUCCGAGAACUGAACUGCCUCCGAAAACAAAUUUCAGUGCUGAAAGGGGGCGGGCUGGCAGAAGUGGCUUACCCCUGCAGAAUAAUUUCUUUAGUGCUUUCGGAUAUCGUAGGAGACCCAUUAGAUUUUAUCGCUAGCGGCCCAACAAUACCAAACACCGAUUCGCCCGAGAGUGCGGUGGAAAUCUUAAAGAAAUACCAUUUAUACGAGGAAAUUCCAGAUUCAAUAAGACGUGUACUACAAAGGGGAAAUCAAUUUUCCGAUUCUGCCGCACCGAUCUUAAACGGGUGUUACCAGCACGUCAAAAAUUACAUAAUAGGUAAUAACACAAUAGCAGCGGAGGCAGCCAAAGAAGAAGCGAUAAAUAAGGGUCUUCAAUCAGUAAUUGUUUCAACGGAGAUAGAUGGCGAUGUGAACAGAAUCAGCGGAAUUUAUGCCCGGAUGGCACGCAAUCUUGACGCCGCAAUUACUGAUUCCGGUAACAAGGACAAAGCAAGAGUUUUUCUGGAAAACGCUGCAAUGGAUCUGCCCUUCAGGCACGGUAUUGUCGAGGAAAUUCUGCAUCUGGAUUUCUCAAGACCCAUUUGCUUAAUUUUCGCAGGGGAGCCAACUGUUGUGGUCAGGGGUGGCGGGAAGGGAGGAAGAAACCAACAAUUAGCUUUGGCUUUUUCGGUCGAUGUUAAUAAUCUGGGAAUAAAAUCGGCGGAUAUUUCAUUUCUUAGCUGCGGCACAGAUGGGAUAGACGGCCCCACAGACGCAGCCGGAGCCAUUGGAAGUUCCGAUUUAGUGGCGAAUGCUCUCCGAGAGAACAUUAAUCCCGAAUAUUAUUUAGACAACAACGACUCCUACGGUUUCUACGAGAGGUAUAAUGGAGGGAAUAACUUAGUGAAAAUUGGACAUACCGGGACUAAUGUUAUGGAUAUCCACGUAAUGGUCGUAAAUCCAAAAUCUCUAUCGAACGAAUAGAGGAAUAUCUUGGGCAAUAAGUUUGGAAUAAUAUCCUAACGAAUCAUAUUUCUGAGAAUGUUAGAACCGCGACAAAUAAAAGCUUUACUAUUUCAGACUGUGAAGUUUUCAAUAUAUGAACGUAAUAAAUUUAAUUCUUUGU